ACCACGUCACGUGACCGAUGCAAAUGAGCCAGCUGUCCGUGGGGGAGGGAUUCGCUCAUUCCGCUCGGCGGCUCUGCGGGCUGAAGAUGGCGGACGGAGAGAACAGUCUGGGAACGGCCUUCUCGGGCGCAUCCGAAAUGGACGAGCCCAUCUCUAAAAAGUCGAAAAUUACCCUAGCGACAAACUACGGCCCCAAAGUCACCGACGCCAUUAAAUUCCCUUGCGUUUCUGGAGUCACGGAGAGUUGGGAGGCGGCGGCAAAUUGUACGCAGCCAGCGGAGAGGGAAGCAAAACCGUCGAUGGCGGUAGAGCAGGCCCCAGGAGCGCAAGGCGGAGACAACAAUGGCCUGGGACUGCUCGUCUCCGAGCCUUUUAAGUCCGCCGUGAAACCAGACGACAGCGCCCUGCUCGGGACGUUCGAGUCCAGUGCCGGUCUCUUUGGGUGUAUCGAUCGUUCCUCCAAUGGCUUGGCCGUCACACCUGAGCAUGUCACGGAGGAAGAUGACAGAUCCUCCCAUGCCAGCUCCAGCGACUGGACACCUCAACCACACAUAGGUUCCUACAGUUUCAUCCAGCAGCACAUCAGGGAGACCGACCCAAGGGCCAUUCUAAGGGAGUUGCUUCCUGAGACUGUACUCCCACCGGAUUUAGAUGACAUGACACUGUGGCAGAUCAUCAUCAACAUCUCAGAACCUCCUAAAAGAAAAAAACGGAAGGAUAUCAACACCUUGGAAGAUGUGGUCAGGCUACUGCAUGAAAGUAAAAGGAUCCUGGUGCUGACUGGUGCCGGGGUAUGUCUCUCUUAAUGUACAGUAUGUGCACUCACCCAGUUUUCCAAUGUACAGUGAUCUCCUGUUUGGUGUGGGGGGGAUACAAGGUGUGUGUCACAAAAGAUGUGUACUUUAUUGUGUAUAUGUAUUUUUAGCUUGUGUGAAAUCUUAUGAGCAUUUUAUUUGGUUGUAAUGUGCGACAUCGCUACAU